AUGGAACAAAGGAACAAUGUGACUGAGUUCGUGCUCUUGGGACUCACUCAGAGCCUCCAAGGUCAGAAAAUAUUAUUUGCUGUGUUCCUGCUGAUCUACAUGGUGACAAUGGCAGGCAACCUGCUUAUUAUCAUGACUGUGAUGCUCAGCCCAGCCUUGGAUUCUCCAAUGUACUUCUUUCUUGGCUACUUAUCCUUUAUGGAUGUUGCUUAUUCUAACACAGCUACCCCAAAUUUGCUGAUAGACCUACUCCAUGUCAAGAAAACCAUUUCCUUCCAAGCAUGUAUGACUCAGCUAUUUUCAGAACAUUUUUUUGGUGGUGCUGAGAUAAUACUCUUGGUUGUCAUGGCCUAUGACCGGUAUGUGGCCAUCUGCAAACCCCUGCAUUAUCUGACCAUCAUGAACCCAUGGCUGUGUGUUCUAUUGUUGGUGUUGUCCUGGGUUGGGGGUUUUAUGCAUGCUAUAGUGCACAUUCUGUUUGUUUAUAAUCUUCCCUUCUGUGGCCCCAACAUCAUUGACCACUUCAUUUGUGACAUGUACCCCUUAUUAAAACUUGCGUGCACUGACACUUACAACAUUGGCCUCACAGGGGUGGCCAAUGAUGGGGCAAUGUGUGUGGUCAUCCUUAUGCUCUUGUUCAUCUCCUAUGGGGUCAUUCUGCACUCACUGAAGAAACUGAGUCAGGAAGGCAGGCACAAGGCCUUGUCCACCUGUGGCUCCCACAUCACUGUGGUGGUCCUCUUCUUUGUUCCUUGCAUUGUUCUCUUUGUGAGACCUCCCUCUACCUUGCCCACUGAUAAGUACUUAGCUGUGUUUUACACUGUAAUCACUCCAAUGCUGAACCCCCUCAUCUAUACUCUCAGAAAUGCAGAGAUGAAAACUGCCAUGAAGAAGCUCUGGAUUAGAAAAUAA